GGUUACCUAAGCAGAAUCUUAGUGUCACACGGGAUAGUGUCCGUGUGUGAUUCAACGAUUACCUGACUGUCAGUGUCAAGAACGAGUAGAGACUGAAGAAUUAUGAAACCCGCAGUGGAUGAAAUGUUCCCAGAGGGUGCUGGCCCGUAUGUGGAUCUAGACGAGGCAGGGGGCAGCAGCGGCCUUCUCAUGGACCUCGCAGCUAAUGAAAAAGCAGUGCACUCGGACUUUUUCAACGACUUUGAAGAUCUGUUUGAUGACGACGACCUACAGUGAAAGAAAACUUGUGACGUCGGUGUGUGUGUGUGUGUUUGAACAUGGACGCUGCCACUUUACCUGAAGAAAGAUGUCCACUGCUUGUGAGCCAUGUUGCUAUGUCUCCUCCAAAGUGUUUGUUGUAAUAAAGCUUUCUGUUUUCUAACCCA